ACCUAUUGCGAAUCUGCGAAUCACUUAAUAUUAAGUGUAUUUGUGCGUUUGUUCGCUGUAAAUAGUAAAUUUAUUUGGCAUAUCGAGAUGUAUGCGCUUGUAAACGUGGGAGUGUAUAAUGUAGGUGGCCUGUUGCCCGUGAUCCAUUGACUGUAUACGUAGGUAGUGUUUUAUUUUUAUGUACAUGAUAACUACUUACCUCUUAUACAUCUCGCACCUGUAUAAGUACCAUUCAUAUCACUUAUCAGAAUUGUGGAUUUGUGGAGCUCCUACACAAUUUGUGUACACGUUGUCAAGUUGUCAGAGAUCAGUUUUCUGUUGUGUACUUAUAUAGUUUUACUUCUACGUCAUACUUACGUCUAUAAGUAUGCUGCUACUGCUGCAGUUGUAUACUUAUUAUCAUUGACGCUGGGGCGAGUGUUAUAUGUGGACGUAUAAUGUUGAGUGACAUAUGGGCUACGUCUGCUACGAGGCUUCGUAGGUAUAAUUGUCAGCCUUGACCCUCCUAAUUGUUCGUAAUUACUCAAAGGUUUUGUCCAGAAUGGGCAGAAGUCUCAAGUAAAGAGAGACACAAAAUAGAAGUUUCUUAAGAUUGUGGGCCAUGAAGGGAAACUUCAGGAUGCAUCAAGAACUCUGCUAGGAACGAGGAGUGCAGGAAAAAGAAGUCAGGGGUGGAGGAAGUACGUUUGCAGCUCUUUUCCCUACACCUGGAGUUGCACUCUAUCCCAUAGAGCCAAUAUGUCUUCUGGUCAAAGCAGCAGAAGUAGGGCUGUGCAAAUAAGCUCGCUCUUUCAAAAGCUACAGGGUCGCUUUGCAGAUGCAAUGACCACACCGCCAAAACUGUCUACGGACAAAAGAAUGCUCGACAAAACGUGGAAAUUAAUGGAUAAAGUUGUCAAGUUGUGUCAGCAUCAGCGUAUGAAUCUUAAAAACUCACCACCGUUUAUACUGGACAUAUUGCCAGACACAUAUCAGAGACUCAGGCUCAUUUAUGGCAAAUACGAGGAUCGAAUGCAUGUGCUGCACAGCAAUGAACACUUUUGUGUCUUUAUAAAUAAUUUAAUGAGAAAGUGCAAACAGGCGAUUAAACUUUUCAAGGAAGGAAAAGAGAAGAUGUUUGAUGAGAAUUCUCAUUACAGAAGAAACUUAACAAAACUUAGUUUAGUUUUUAGUCAUAUGUUGUCAGAACUGAAAGCUAUUUUUCCUAAUGGAGUCUUUGCUGGUGAUCAGUUUCGCAUCACCAAGUCAGAUGCUGCCGAGUUUUGGAAAGAACGGUUUGGCAACAGCACAUUGGUACCUUGGAAAGUAUUUAGGCACGAAUUGAAUCAGGUGCACCCCAUAAGCUCGGGACUACAAGCUAUGGCGCUCAAAUCAACGAUAGACCUCACGUGCAAUGGAUACAUAUCGAAUUUCGAAUUCGACGUUUUUACAAGGUUGUUCCAGCCGUGGUCUACGCUGCUGCGCAACUGGAAGAUCCUGGCUGUGACGCACCCCGGCUACGUGGCCUUUCUCACUUAUGACGAGGUAAAGGCCCGGCUGCAAAAGUACUGCAGCUCCAAACCCGGCAGCUACGUCUUUCGGCUGAGCUGCACGAGACUCGGCCAGUGGGCCAUUGGCUACGUCACCUCCGACGGUGACAUACUCCAGACCAUACCGCACAACAAGAGCCUCUGUCAGGCUCUCCUUGACGGCUACCGGGAAGGCUUUUAUUUGUAUCCGGACGGGAGGAGCCAAAAUCCGGAUCUCACGUGGGCGGUCCAGCCAACGCCGGAGGAACACAUAAAGGUCACUGCCGAGCAGUACGAGCUCUACUGCGAGAUGGGCAGUACUUUCCAGUUGUGCAAGAUAUGCGCCGAACACGACAAAGACGUCAGGAUCGAACCGUGCGGUCAUUUGCUCUGCACGCCUUGUCUCACAGCUUGGCAGGACUCGGAAGGCCAAGGCUGCCCGUUCUGUCGAGCAGAGAUCAAAGGUACCGAGCAAAUAGUCGUUGACCCAUUCGAUCCGCGACGGAUGCACCGGACUGGCGCCCAAUCUGUGACUGCUAGCAACGCUUCGACGCCCACUAAGGACCUUGACCCCGACACCGAGGAGAUAAUGGAGCUGAUAAACGACAACUGCGGCUCAAACGACACGGAUGACGAGGAAGAGGAGGAAGAGGACGAGGACGAGGAGUCAUCACCGGCGGACUCGCCACUGGCCGCGCGUCAGGUUGGUCCGUGUCCGCCCUUACCACCACGGCGAUCCUCGCCCACCUCGAACAACGGACACCCACGGAACCACAGACACCUCACUGUGCCCAAAGAAAUAGCGCCACCUCCACCGACGCCACCACCCUCAUCGCCGAUUUCCCAGCUACAUCAGGCUCUGGUUGCUUCCCCGGCUGUCCAUCAGCCACCAUCCUUGGCCCUACCACCCGUCACUGUUUUACUUUCGACUCCCAGUGAUGCCAAUGUGUUGAACAACGGCAGCAGCAGCAACAAUACCACCACCAUUAACAACAAUAACAACAACAGCAGUAGCAGCAGUAGUAGCAGCCACGGCAACACCACCUCCACCUCCGCCAACAACAACAAUAACAAAGGAAGUACCGAGGCGCCGAGGUACGACAUGCUGCACGGCGCGACAUCGCCAUCCAGAACGGCCAUGCCAAUCCGGCCUCACGGCUCCCGAGGUCAGCGGCCGCUGCCAGACAAAUCCUCGUCGUCUCAGCAGCAACAGUCGUCGAGUUCCGGGUCGCAGUUGGUUCCAUUGGUGACGCCGCCUCUUCCUCCGGCGCAACCACCGCCGUCCCCGCCACCGUUACCCGCGUGCGCUCCCCGGCCAUCGAAGGGCCCGAGCAAGGACUCGCAGGAUCAUCUGUACGAGAACACCAUCAUCAUCCCGGGCACGAGGCAGCACGUCGUCAAAAACAUCAACUUUGACGGCAACCGGGCACGGCUGACCGCCCUCAUGAGGGACAAAGACGACGACGAGGCCGAGGAUGAGGGCGGCCGGCCGGCGCCCAAGAUUCCCGAGGGCGCUGCCUACGAGAACAUCAACGUCGAGCACAUAUCCAGGUUGGUGGCCCUUGGCUUCGCCCAGGAUGCCGUCGUCCGAGCUCUCGGCAUCACGAGGAACGACCUAGAAAUGGCCUGCGACAUACUACACGAGUUUGCCCAGAAGUCCUCUUGACCUGCAGAAAUAAAUGGCGAGGAGUCAUGACCACCUCUGCCGGCCAGGAGGUAUUUCUGACGAGGCAGUCGCAUUCGGAAAAACCGAAAUUUCGUUCAAUCUUCACCAAGUUCAAACGCUCAAUGAAACAUUAUGGAUGAUGCAACAUUGUAGAUUAAAUACAUGAUGGUACGAGGGUAACAAAAAUACAAAAAAAACUUAAAAUAAUAACAAUAAUAAUAAUAAUAAUAAUAAUAAUAAUAAUAAUAAGCAGCUGCGGUGGCACGAUAAUAGAGUCAAUAAUCGUCUUGUUUAGCUGCGCGGGCUUUUCCUUUGUAUUAUAGUAAAUUAAAACCGGACGAGCCGCAAUCGAUAAGUACCUUUAUAAAUAUACACAUUGUUCGGUAACUCGGGAUCCACCAGUAAAUUAUUAAAGGUUACCGGUUCGGUAAUCUUUGACGUUUCCUUCUUUUUUUUUUUUAAUCCAACCGAUUUUUCGGUAUUUAAAUUUUUUUU